AUGCAUUUGGCUCAGAGUUUUGUCUUGUCGUGCCUGGUGGCGACUGGUCUAGCUCUACCUAGCAAUGAGGGCACCAAGCAUCAGGAAAAUAAGGCGCGCAGCCCUGGUUACUCUCUUAAGGAGCCUCCCUUGACAACGCCAUGGACUGACCAAGUCGGAACGAACCCAUGGCCCGAAUAUCCGCGGCCGUUGCUGCAGCGCUCUGAAUGGAAGAAUCUUAACGGGGUGUGGAAGUACCAAAAUGCUGAAGGCCUGAAUGCUGUUCAGCAGCCUCCUUUUGGGCAGGAACUUGCACAGGAUGUUUUGAUUCCGUCGUGUCUUGAGAGUGGAUUGUCCGGAAUUCAAAGCAAUUGGGCUUUGUACUCCUGGUUCUCGACAUCCUUCGAAGUAUCUUCUUCUUGGAAGGGUGAGCAGGUGCUGCUCAAUUUUGGAGCUGUAGACUAUGAAGCCACAGUCUUUGUCAAUGGUCAAAAUGCAGGCUUCCACCGUGGCGGAUACUUCCGCUUCGCGGUAGACGUGACGAAGUACCUGAAGUUUGAUCAGCCGAAUGAACUACUUGUUUUCGUACAUGAUCCUACUGACGAUGGUGACUAUGUUAUCCCCAUUGGAAAGCAGACCCUGAGACCCAGUCACAUCUUUUAUACCCCGUGCAGUGGUAUCUGGCAAACUGUUUGGCUCGAGGCUGCCCCAUCCAACCACAUUACCCAACUCGAUCUUGAUGCAAACAUGGACGGCCAAGUAAACAUCACUGUACACAGCUCCGCCAAGGAGAAAUCCGCCCAGGCCGAGGUCACUGUCCACAAAGAUGGCAAGACUGUUGCAACCCACGAAGGCCCCACCAACAAGCCAUUCCAAUUCACUGUAUCUUCGCCCAAGCUCUGGUCCCCGGACUCGCCUAAUCUGUACAAUGUGACGGUCAAACUCGGCAAAGAUCAGGUGGAGAGCUAUAUUGGCUUCCGUACAAUCUCCAGGGGCAAGAUAGACGGGAUUGAGCGACCCUUGCUCAAUGGAAAAUUCAUUUUCAUGUUCGGUACCUUGGAUCAAGGCUAUUGGCCCGAUGGUUUAUACACGCCCCCUAGCAAAGAGGCGAUGGUGUACGAUUUGGAGAUGCUAAAGAAGUUGGGAUUCAACAUGGUCCGCAAGCAUAUCAAAGUCGAGACCGAUCUGUUCUAUCAAGCAUGCGACGAGCUCGGUCUGCUUGUAAUUCAGGACAUGCCCUCCCUGCGCCCGCUGCAGUCUAAGAACGGGGUUACUAUUCUACCCAACGAGCAGCAGCAGGUCGAGUUCGCUCGCCAGUUAGAUGUGUUGAUUAACCAGUUCAAGAGCUUCCCUAGUAUUGUGACUUGGGUCAUUUACAACGAAGCCUGGGGCCAGAUCAGAGAAUAUCACCCCGAGUUUGAGCUGACCGAGCGGGUUAGACAGCUGGACCCCACUCGGCUCGUGGACUCGACGACCGGUUGGGACGACCAUGGCGCUGGAGACUUUAGUGACAACCACCACUACGCAAAUCCACAAUGCGGCACUCCCUUUUAUUCCACGCCCUCGAGCCCAUACGAUCCCACCCGAAUUGGGUUCCAAGGUGAAUUUGGCGGCAUCGGGACUAAUGUAUCCCUUGAGCAUCUCUGGAACAACCAGGCAGCUAUCAAGACUAUCGACCAAACAUACGAAAUUGACAUGACCAUCGAGGCAUGGAAUUAUCGCAGCCACCGUCUCCUCAGCGAGCUCGAGGAUCAGGUCCGCCUGUACGCAUGCAGUGGGGGCGUCUGGACCCAGACGACCGACGUCGAGGGUGAGGUCAACGGCCUGAUGACUUAUGACCGUCGUGUGGCAAGAGUCGACGUGAAGCAGUGGCAGGCAGAUAUUAAGGCUCUCUAUGACGCCGCCGCCGCACGGAGCAAGGCGACUGGGGGAAUCUCAUAA